AUGAAGGGAAAGAGGAAGGCAACCGCAAAUCCAGUGUUGACUGAUGCUGGAGAGGGCAGUAGUAACAAUUUAAUCGAGGCCCAAGUGAGGGAAGGGAAUAUUGGUGAAGAGGAGAGAGAUUGGGCUGAUAAUGGGGAGAAUCGAGAUGAAACCGAAGGAGAAGAAGAUGAAGAAGAAGAUGACGAUGAAGAAGAAGAAUAUGAAGAGGACCCCAAAGCAGAAGAUGAGAAAGACAAUCUAUUUGAUGAAGAAAGGACAAAACUUGACGAGGGUUUCUUCGAAAUUGAGGCUAUUCGUCGAAAACGAGUUCGAAAGGGUCAGUUGCAGUAUCUUAUUAAAUGGCGAGGAUGGCCCGAAACAGCCAACACCUGGGAGCCCUUGGAGAAUUUGCAGUCGUGCUCUGAUGUCAUUGAUGCAUUUGAAGAGAGCUUACGAUCAGGCAAGUCUUCACGAAAGCGGAAACGCAAGCAUGGUGGUCCUCAUACUCAGUCCAAGAAGAAGCAGCCACGUUCCUCUGCUGCCUCCAAUGUAAUGGAUGUUGAAAUAAGUAUUGCGGAUCAACAUCUCCCUUCUGCUCCUCUGAAUAACUCAUUGCUUGCCAAUCUACUUUCACCCUCUCAAUUUAUCAGUUCAGGUCAUGGAGGAGAGAGUAAUGGAGAUGUGAACAACGUCAAAACAUCCAAGCAAACUGAUGAAAAUGGGUCCAUCAAUGGUUCAAAGCAUAUUUUUGAAAGGAAAGAGGAUAAUGAAUAUGAUCCAAAGCUUAGUGAGCUUAGAGGAACAAUUCCUAACAUAGAUGUAAACUCAAAUAAGCUCGCAAUACAUUUCCAAGAAGAAAAGACUUUAGAAGGUAAUGGUCUUGCAAAUGGGCUUCCCAAGUUUGAUUAUGUGGACCCUGUUCAAAACAGUCGAUGCACAGGUGCUAAGAAAAGAAAGUCUGGUUCUGUGAAGAGAUUCAAAAAAGACCCUGUCUUGUGCGAACCAGUUUUCUUACCAAAUUCAUCUGCAAACUUCUCAGUUGGCUCUACUCACCCAGUUGCACAACUAGGGAUUGAAAAUCCUAGUUUACCUUGGGACAAUUCAAGUCACAUGCCCAUGGCUGAAAAUUCCAUAAAUCCAUUUGCUAUCACUAAGAUCCUCAAGCCUAUCAGCUUUUCAGCUUCUGUGUUUGACAAUGUCCAGGAUGUGCUGAUAACCUUUCGUGCAUUAAGGUCUGAUGGACAAGAAGUAACAGUGGAUAACAGGUUUCUCAAGGAUAGUAAUCCACUUCUGUUAAUCAACUUUUAUGAGCAACAUCUCAAAUACAGUACAUGA